AUUGGGGGGUCCUGGCGGGGCCCCGCGAAAUGGAUCGCCAGGAAGAGGCUCGGCCCACAAAGCCGUCGCAAGCCGAUGCGGCCGCCAUCCCUCCUCCAUCCCAGCUUCCAUCUGCUGUCUUCCCCCUCAACAUUUGCUUGUCUUGACAAUGCAUGUACGAAGUAGACGACUCUUGAAAUAGAAACUACUCGGCUGCUCCCCGGACUCCUGGGACAAUGAAGGGCUCAUCAAUUCGCACGCUGUCGCGGGCGUUGUUGGCUCGACGAGGACCCCUCGCCGCGGCGGCGUCGGCAUCGGCUCCCGCCCUGCUUCCAUCUCGGCGGCAAUACUCGACACAUCCUCCAAACGCGAAGCUGAACCUCCCAAUCGACUACUCGACAACUCCUUUGCUAUCGCACACGUCGCAGUCAGCAUUGGGAAACGCCGAGCUGCCACCCGAAGUCCGGAAUGGCACGACGAAGCGCAUGAACCUCUUCCAGGCGAUCAACGACGCGCUGUCGAUCGCCCUGGCCGAAGACGAGUCCGUCCUCGUUUUCGGCGAGGAUGUCGCCUUUGGCGGCGUCUUCCGCUGCACGGGCAAGCUGGCCGAGACAUACGGAGGCGACCGCGUGUUCAACACGCCGCUUACCGAGCAGGGCAUCAUGGGCUUCGCUAUUGGCGUCGCCGCCGAGGGGAUGCGGCCCGUCGCCGAGAUACAAUUUGCCGACUACGUCUACCCGGCUUUCGACCAGCUGGUCAACGAGGCCGCCAAGUUCCGCUACCGCGACGGCUCCGGGGGCCGCAGCGCGGGCGGGCUGACGGUCAGGAUGCCCUGCGGCGGCGUCGGCCACGGCGCGCUGUAUCACUCGCAGUCGCCCGAGAGCCUGUUCACGCACAUUCCUGGGUUGCGUGUCAUCAUGCCCAGGUCGCCGCUCCAGGCCAAGGGGUUGCUGUUGUCGGCCAUCCGCAGUAACGAUCCCUGCGUGUUCAUGGAGCCCAAGAUCCUGUAUCGCGCGGCGGUUGAGCAGGUCCCAACAGCCGCCUACACGCUGCCGCUGUCCAAGGCCGAGGUGUUGAAGGAGGGGUCCGACGUCACCAUCGUGUCGUAUGGCCAGCCGCUGUACAAGUGCAUGGCGGCGCUCAAGCAGGCCGAGCAGGACCUGGGCAUUACGGUCGAACUGAUCGACCUCAGGACCAUCUACCCCUGGGACAAGGAGACCGUGUUCCGGAGCGUCCGAAAAACCGGUCGGUGUCUCGUCGUCCACGAGGCCAUGAUCAACGCUGGCGUCGGGGCCGAGGUAGCUGCUGCGAUCCAAGAAGACCCCGCGACUUUUGUCAGGUUGGAGGCGCCGGUCGCCCGCGUUGCCGGCUGGAGCAUACAUACUCCGCUCAUGUUCGAGACGUUCAACGCGCCGGAUGUCGCAAGGAUUUAUGACAACAUCAAGAAGGUGCUAGAGUACUGAUUUGGACUUGGAUCGAUGUUGCGCUCAAAGAAGGAUCGCAUCGGAGCAGAGCAGGCGCGGCGUUGACAGGUGAAGUGGCGCAUUUGUGUAAUGUGGAACACCGAGCAAGUUAUGUUGUGUGUGUUUCAACCUUGCAGGAGUUUAGCGGUAGCACAGUCGUGCAGUGUAGAAAGCCUGGCCGUGCAAUGAAAAAUAUC